AUGUCCAACGAAUUACGUCAACGUCAACAGCAACCCAACUAUGAUCCAUUUGUGUAUUCAAAAUCUCACACACCUCCGCCUGAUUUUGGUGACUAUUCGAGCGAAGAUGUAGCGGUGAAGGAUAAAUUCAAGGAUUUCGCUGACAAGACCACUGCACACGGGGCUAAACGUAUCCUGAUCGCUCAUAAUGGCAUUAGCCGAAUGUUCUGGAUGAGCUUGAUUGUAUUCUUUCUUACACUGUUCCUCUAUCAAGCCGGUUCUUUAGUCGUCAAAUACAAAAAACAUGACAAAAUCACGAGUAUAUCGCUGAAAUUCGAUAACGUAGAAUUCCCAGCGAUCACGUUCUGUAACCUCAAUCCAUACAAGAAAAGCCUUGUCGGGAUGGUGCCCUCCAUACGUGAUACGAUGGACGUCUACGACAACGCGAAAUCGCACACUAAAGCGGGCAAGCCAAAAAAGCAGAGAAUCGGACGAAAGCAGUACUCAGCAGAAGCAGCGCAAAGGGUCAGACAACGCGAACAGAUGAGCUUCUGCUGA